AUGCAGGCGGUACAAAAACUGUCGCGGCGUGGUUUCGUGGAGCCUGCCCCGUCGAGGGAUCUGGCGCGCCUGCCGUCUAGGAGUUCCAACCACGCGGAGGAGCGCCAUGACCAUCUGGAGCUCAUAGAGCUCACCAAGAAGCUACGCUACGCCCUGCGUAAGCGCAAAGAUCUGGGAAAGGAGAAGUACCAAAGGUAUUAUACCAGGUGCAAAGAGGAAAGAGAUAUAGUCGAAAAGCAGACAGUACAGGCUCUCGAUUCUGGAGAAUCGGAACUGUUCGAAGAGCUUGCAACAGUGGUGCACGAGGCAUCGGAAGCCAUCGAAAACUUCGAGAGAGAGGCGCAAAAACAGGAGUCCUCGAGUAGGAGCGGUGGUGCCGAAAGCAGCCAAAAGGAGACAUGGGCGGCCGACGCGUGGGCUGCGUUUCCCGACCAGGAAGACGGCGAGGUUGACAACCGACGUUACCAUAAUGGAAAAAAGGCUGUUGAACGUUCGAGUGCAGCUGCGAGCGCGGAGUGGCCCAGCAAACAUCAAUCCCACCCCGGCAAACCAGCAUCGUCGAUGAUGGGCCUCACCAGUAACGCAAGUUUCUCGGGUUCUGUAUCAUCACGAGAGUCUAAAACCAGGCCAAGCAGAGCAUCGGAUCAUGUGGCCAGCAGAAGAGGCAGUGACCACUGGAGUGAAUCGAGACCAGUCCACAGGUCAACCAGAAAGGCGCAUAACACUGCGGAUGGAUAUGUGGAAGAUGAUUAUGAUGUGUACAACACUGAACCGAAGGGGUCUAAACAUCGCGAUUAUAUGAAUGGAAAGGAUAGGGAUACAUACGGUUCGGGGUUUAGCAAAGAAGGGUACGGUUCAGACGACCAGGGCGUAUACGAUGAGGAACACGCAUCUGUACACUCUGACUACCGGAGGGUUGAUCGGAAACACGCUAGGCGAUCUAGGUACACGGACGAGGAUCUGAAUGACCAAGACGACAUUUAUGCACCGUCGCAUCAACAUGCCUCGGAUGAUGCUGAUAGGGACUACACGCGCCCAGUAUACAACAAUCACCGCAUUACUUCAGUUAGUGAGAAUUUUGAGGACAGUUACAACACCACACACGAAUCUCAACGUGAUCCGGCGCCAAACCAUCAUGAGUCGCCCUACGCCACAUACUGUGACCUUUUAGAAAGGUGCAUCGCCAUAUCGGAUGGAUACGAGUUGUCCAGGCAAUUGAAGCAGCUCAGCCUGGUAGAUAAAAUUGCGCUGUGUGAAAGUAUACUGGAAGGUGGAGACAAGGAAAGUACUAAAGCCGACGUCCCACCUGCUCAUAAAGUAAAAAGCAUAAAACCCUUGCCCGAGGAUUUAACGUCUGUAAUCACACGAGCCGCAGAGGAUGAACGUGAUAGAGACCGAGAGGUACCUGAGCCUCUCUGGAGAGUGCAGGAUGACGGAGGAAUCUCAGCGUAUCUCGGUAACUAUAUUGCGAAGGGAGGGCGCCUCUUCGAGGGAAUUCACUUCAUGGCGUACCUCAGCAUGAGGCCAAUCAGGGACUCGACGCGAGUGGAAGUGACAACUGAGGUGAGGCGUAAAUUGAUAAAUAUGGAUAUUUACAUUGCGUUGCGUGGGCCGGGUAUCGACACGGUGCGCAUUAUGUCUAGAACCGCAACGUCGCUCACGUUCAUUUGUGAACCAGAGACUUGGACGCAUACCUUACCGUCUCUCGCAGUCAGUAUCGUAGAGUCGGAUGGCACGAAUAGGGAAGUGCUCGUCAAGCUGCCCAUCGGACCGUUCAGCUUCUUCGAGCCUGCUGACAUACCGCCGAAGAAAAUCGAACGAAUCAUUGAGAACAAAGCAAAGGUCGGAUUCUACACAAUACACAAGGCAUUUGCGUCGAACGCGAAGUUGCAUAUGCACGACCUGCUGACUGCCAUGGAGAAGUACUUCGCCAUCAGCAAGACCAACACCAGGCAGACACUGGCGGCAGUCGACCUCAAUGGGCAGGUGCUGGUAGCUACGCUCCGCACUCGUAGCGACGCCAUAUUGCUGGACGUCUGGAGCCCGAACGUGAAGACGCUGGAGAGCGCCUGUACAUACAUCAAGGAAAUCGCGGCGGCGCUGAGCGCAGACACGGAUCCUAAGGCAGCACUACGGUCAUUGCGUACAAUGACCGUCUUCCCGCUGGAGUUCGAGCAGACUACUCGGAGUCACCCACCGAGUGCUCGAUCGAAGCCGGCGGCCGUUAGCAGCGGUACUCGCAUUGGUGGCGCCACAAGGCCGACCAUCCCCGGGGCGUUCUCGGGUGGCGCCGCGCCAGCCUAA